CGUCGCUUGCAUUUCAUCACCCGCAACCUAACAAGACUCUUUAUACGGGUAACUCUUGUUCAAUACUCACCUCCGUUCUGGCUAACUUCUUGAACAUCGAGACUUGCAGCUUUAUAUGGUGACAAGUUCGAAUCUCGAUGCCAAACCGACCAUUUCCCUGCCAGUAAGGCAAGGCCGCGUGAACCUCAUCGAGCUUCAUGUCGACUUCAUCUUCCCUCUCGAAAGCGAUUUCCUCUAGCAAGCAUAAAACAGAAGGACCUCUCCCUGCGAAAAUGCCACAUGCAACAGGGUCCGAACCGGCGGAGUCCGAAGAUGAGGACUUCAACAACGUGAUGCGCCAGAUGAACGCGCCGACAAACGAAGUCUCAUUCGACUUUCUCCAACGAGAACUGGAACCUGGAGAGAAGGCGGAUGAUGCCGUGGACUAUGAGGAUAUCGAUGAUGAUGACCUUCCGGACGAGGAGCUUGGGCUUUCAACUCUUGAAGACAGGGAUGGGAAAGCGGCGGCGGUGGGCGGCGAGUGGGGCGGGCCGGAAGGUAUGGAAGGCAUUUUGACUGCAGGUGAUUUAGCACAACAGCACCCGGACGGUGAUGAGCUCGACGAUCUAUUUGGGGACGUCCCAUCAUCGCCUGCGGGUGGGCAGGCGGAUCAAAAUGACGAACUACCACCUGUUGGAUCUGGAGACAUCUCCGCCCUCGACGCCCUCGAUGCAGUGCCUCCAACCAAAGAGAACGGGAUAACUGAAACCGUGCGUGGAAUGGACAGGGACUCUGUUAUGGCUCCUACAGAUAUGGACGCAGCAACAUUUAAAGAAUACCAACUCCAACAAGCACUUUUUGCGAUGUCAUCAUACGGACCUGACAAUCCACCCGCGCCUCCCGAGAACCACGAGGAGCUCCUAGCUUCUCUUUGGCCCAAAUUCGAUCGAAAUGCGAUGCCACGAUUUCUAGAAUUGUUACCUCCGAAGAAGUCACAUUUUGUAGGAAAAUCACCCUUGAAACCGCCAAAGCGAAUCGUUCCUACCAAACUUAACCUUGAGCUGGCUCAGGACCAAGAACGAGCAUUUCGCGCUACUGGGCAAACCCAGAAGCGUGCGUUGGAUUCAGAAAAUCCUUCCAUCGUCGUUAUUACACCCCCUUCAGAAAGAACGGGUAGUUCGAGUGAUAACAUGGAUAUCGAUGGCGACCUUGAUGAGGAGCUUCCUGGUGGAGUCACAAUGAAGGAUUUGCAAUUCAUUUGUGCCGAUUGGGAUAUAAAAACACCGGUUAUCGAGGAGGAGGAGAAACUGGAAGCCGCCGUGGAAAUUACACCCAAUGAGGAACCCGGUGCGGAAGAUGAUGACUGGUUAUUUGAGACGAAUCGCCCAACCAAGAAACGUAAGCUGGACAAGUCACCAGCGGACUACAUAUCUUACGUCCCAAUCGACAUGCCCUUGUUUGACGACCCUGUCAGUGAGACUGCGAGGGUUGCAAUGAAGAUACAUAUUGAUUUGAAUGACCCGUAUCUGCUACUUGAUGAGCGCCCUACGGAGUCAGCUUUGCAAGCCCCCAAACGAUUGGGAGCUGUGAACCGUGAUGAAAUGGCAGGGAGCUUUACGAAACGUUUGAUCAAACGAUAUAAUAUUUCCAAUGAUGACGCUUAUGAUAUGCUCAAAGAAAAUCACCAGAACAAAGUCAGAAGCACUCUUGGGAGUGUGGCGCUUGAGCAUAGUGUGCCCGCUGUUCGUCUUCAAUGGCCGUACUACAAGACGAAACUUGCGAGGCAAGAGGCUCGAUCUUUCCAUCGCCCAAGUUUGAGCUUUUUCCCCAACUUACCUGUGUCCUUCAAAAAGCCUUCCCAUAUUAAACGCAAGCAUCAAAGGGGCAAGGACGUUAAAACUUUGUACAACUCAACGAAGUCUCUGUCUCUCGCCGACAACUCGCAUGUUCUUUUACUGGAGUACUCUGAGGAGCACCCGACUAUGAUGUCCAAUUUCGGAAUGGGCAGUCGAUUAAUCAAUUAUUAUCGACGGAAGAAUAUGGAGGACCCUGCACGCCCCAAAUCAGAGAUUGGUGAGACGACUGUGCUAUUGCCACAAGAUAAAAGUCCGUUCUCCAUAUUUGGACAUAUUGAUCCUGGAGAAACUACCGCUGCGAUUGCGACUGCAAUGUUUCGAGCCCCUGUGUUCCAGCAAGAAUCAAAACCAACAGAUUUCCUUGUGAUACGGAACAGUACAGGGGUUGAUGGGUCGAGUUAUUAUAUUAGGAAUAUUGACAACCUAUAUGUCGCCGGACAGCAGUUCCCGUCAGUCGAUGUUCCGGGGCCACAUUCGCGGAAGGUUACCACGGCCUCGAAGAAUCGCUUGAAAAUGAUAUGUUACCGGCUACUUAGAAGAAAUAAGAACCACAGAGUCAGUGUCGCCGAGGUCACAGAACAUUUCCCUGAAUCAAGUGACAUGCAAAAUCGACAAAAGAUGAAGGAAUUCCUGCAGUUUUCAAAGGAUCACAAAGAGUGGGAAAUGAAGCCUGGGGAUCCUAUCCCCGAUGAGGAUGUUUUGCAUGGCUAUGUUAAACCGGAAGACAUCUGCCUUCUCGAAGCGAUGCAAGUUGGCCAGCAGCACCUUCACGAUGCGGGCUAUGAUCGCGAUGACGAUGACGCGGAUGAUGAGGAGAAGGAAGGUGAGACUUCCGAGCAGCAGCUUGCUCCUUGGAAGACAACACGUAAUUUCCUACUUGCAACCCAAGGUAAGGCAAUGUUGCAGCUACACGGAGAAGGAGAUCCUACCGGCCGAGGCGAAGGGUUCAGCUUCAUCAAAACUUCCAUGAAGGGAGGUUUCAGGGCUAUAGGAGAGAGUGUUGAAGAUAAGCUCGAUGCUCAGAGACUCAAAGAGCUUGGUGGCCACAGCUACAACGUUGCUCGACAACAAAAGUCCUAUGAAGAGUCGAUCCGACGCAUUUGGGAAGCACAAAAGUCAAGCUUAUCCUCAACGAUCGAACAUUCGGAUGAGGAAAGUGACCUUGACCGCGAUGAGCCAGAUGAGAUAUUUGCCAAACCAAGGGCCAGGUCAGAACGGCCUACUCCAGGGCUGAGCCGACCAGAUGACGAGACGACCAGCCAAUUCAGCCGCAUGAGCACGGCCAGCCAGACUGGCAAAAUUAUGAAAAUUACUCGCAAAAUACCUAACUCGAAAGGCGGCUACGAUGAAGUCCAGGAGAUUGUCAAGGAUCCGCGCGUGAUCAAACAAUACGUCAAGCAGCGACAUGAGGCCGAAGCGCGAAACUUAAUACUGGGGGAUAUUAAACCAACCGGCGAUCCUGAAACGGAUGCGCGGCGGAUGAAACAGCUACAAUUCGAGCUUCAACGCCUUCAACGUAACAAGGAGCGGCGCCAUGCCCGUGAAAGACAAAAAGGCAUUACAUCGGAUAGCGCGUCACCCGGAGCUACGAAUUCCCCCACUACUACCGGCCCCAAAGGAGGAGGAACCCAAAGAAAAUGCGCAAAUUGCGGCCAAGUCGGACACAUCAAAACCAACAAAAAGCUAUGUCCUCUCUUAAACGGCACGAUGAAAGUCGAAGACGGCCUCAGCGGGUCCGCCUUUGCCAUGGGUGCACCUCCAGCGCUGUAGAAACGUUGCGAAAAGCCGCUUCACUCACCCACCCGCCCCCCCCUUCCUUUACGUUGUCGACAUUUGAUGAACCCUAGAGUCGAACUUUCGCAUCCCCUCUCCUCAAAAGGUCGGAAUUCAAGCUCUCAACCUGCGUCUCCGCCGGUACUCGACGUCUGCGCUGUUUCGUCAACCUUCGGUAUCCCACCCUCCAUCAGUUCCUUACCCGGCUUUGCUAUUCCCACUGUGUAUGUACCCUAGCCUGGAAACCACUAAUUACUUCUAAGGGGCUUUGAAAUGCCCCCGCACCUGCUUUACAUUUCCUCACGAGAUGGCGCAUCAAACUUGUCAUCGAUCGUUUUUCCUUGAAUUUAUCCCGGAACCUUCAACUUUGUGCAGUCAUAUAUUUGCAUCAUACAUACCCACUGGCAUUAAUUCUUUCGAUAUUUGAGUUGGCUCUUUUUCUUCCGCGGUUCCUUUUGUUUCUUCCAUGGGUGUUUACGAAUGAAGGUUGGACAUUAAUUUUCCAGGGGUUCACAAGUAGGAGAGGCAAUUUGGCAUUCUUUUAGUUUUAUUUUUAGUUUUCAUUUUUAGUUUUCAGGAGGGCGGGUAUACAUUACGUACAUAUUUACCAUAUACAAUUACAUACCCCUAGUUUGCGGAGAGGGGGCAGUCGCGCAGGGUGAAUUCAAGGACAAUGAGAACAUCUCUCAGACCCGUAAUAAGUGUUCAAUUCAAUCUGAGGCCUUUCUAACAGCUUUUUCGAAUGAAUUAGCCGCGAAAGGAUGACUGACUUCUGAAAGAUCGAAAUUUAAACUAAAAAUAAAACCUUUGUCUGUUUCCUAUUCCUUGAUAAGGAGCGGGGAUGAAUAAUGAGAGGACCAAGUGGUUUGGUCGAACGAGUGACAGUCAAACAGAAAGGACUCGCAUUAACCAGGGUUAACAAACCAGGACUCUAUGAAACGAGACAAGAGAAACUCAUGGCAAUAUAGUAAUGAAAAACGUU